GUCAACGUGUGUUGCAUUGUGAGCCUGCGCUGCACAUCGUCCCGUCUCUGUUGUUCAUCUCUGUGAAGCCCAGCGGACUGCUUUCCUCCUGGUCUGCUUCCUACCGAGGACCCCCCAGCGGCCCCGAGCUACACCCUGAGAGGACCCCCCAGCGGCCCCGAGCUACACCCUGAGAGGACCCCCCAGCGGCCCCGAGCUACACCCUGAGAGGACCCCCCAGCGGCCCCGAGCUACACCCUGAGAGGACCCCCCAGCGGCCCCGAGCUCACUGUAACUUAUAUUGAGGAUAUUCAUCUGUGUUUUCGAGCAAAAUCAAGAAAAUGACCCAUUUCAACAAGGGGCCAGCCUACGGAUUAUCUGCUGAAGUGAGAAACAAAAUUGCUCAGAAAUAUGACUCGCAAAAGGAGGAGGAGCUUCACUUCUGGAUAGAGGAGGUGACAGGAAUGUCUAUUGGAGAGAACUUCCAGAAAGGCUUAAAGGAUGGAGUCAUCCUCUGCGAACUGAUAAACAAACUGCAAACUGGUUCAGUAAAGAAAAUCAACCUUUCACAGCUGAACUGGCACAAGCUGGAAAACCUUGGGAAUUUCAUCAAAGCCAUCCUGGCCUAUGGCCUGAAGCCCAAUGACAUCUUUGAGGCCAAUGACCUGUUUGAAAAUGGGAACAUGACUCAAGUCCAGACCACACUGCUUGCACUGGCCAGCAUGGCAAAGACGAAAGGUAUGGACACAAAGAUUGAUAUCGGGGUGAAAUAUGCAGACAAACAAGCUCGACAUUUCGACGAUGAGAAGAUCAAGGCCGGUCAGUGUGUCAUUGGACUGCAGAUGGGGACAAACAAGUGUGCGAGUCAAGCUGGAAUGACUGCUUAUGGAACCAGAAGACAUCUAUAUGAUCCAAGGACUCAGACUGACAAACCCUACGACCAGACCACCAUCAGCCUGCAGAUGGGAACCAACAAAGGAGCCAGCCAGGCGGGCAUGUCAGCCCCUGGAACCCGCAGAGACAUCUAUGACCAGAAGGUGGCGCAGCAGCCGCUGGACAACUCCACCAUCUCCCUCCAGAUGGGCACCAACAAGGUUGCGUCUCAGAGGGGCAUGAGUGUGUAUGGUCUGGGUCGACAGGUCUAUGACCCCAAGUACUGCGCCCCCCCGACAGAGCCGGUCAUCCACGCCAACGGCAGCCAGGGCACCGGCACCAACGGCUCGGAGAUCAGCGACAGUGACUAUCAGGCUGAGUUCGGGGAGGACGAGUACCACGGACCUUACCCUGACGACUACAGCUCCCAUUACAAUGAUCAGGGCAUUGACUAUUAGUAGAGAGCUCCAGCUCCAAAUCAGUAUUAAGUAGUGUAUUUCAUCAACUUCGCAAUAGCAAGUAUUUUGCUCUCCUCACUAGUCUGUUCUUCCCUUGAAGCAUACAAUAAAAUGUUGCCCUGAGUACUUUCCUUCUUCACCUACACUCUGAUCUGACCAGAAGCUGUAGUGGCAUAUAAUAAUGAGAUAAAGUGCUGGAAAUGUUUUGAGCUUCAGAGUUUUCUUUUUAAUAUCCACUUUUUAAAAGAGUCUUAAUAAUGGAACACUGACGUAGUGAUAACUUUUUGGAGCGACGGUGCAGCAUCAGGUGAAGCUGCUGCAGUGUUCGGACACUUGGCUGAUGAUCCAUGUGAAAUCCAUUCAACAAUAGGCUGCUCUGCUCAGUGUUUACACUUUGUGAUACUGGUGUUUUUACUACAUUUAAUCACUACAUAGUGUUUCUUCUUUUCUAUUAAUGAUGAGCAUGGGGGCAGCUCAGACAGUGCAAGUGACCAAACCCAAGUUGACUAUAUAUGUAGACAGAUUCCCAUUACAUGAACUAUAUUUUCAUAUUAUUCCCCUUGUAUUCCUAAACUGUAUUUAUUGCAAUGUUUCUCAUUGUUAAACAGUCCACUGUUAUAUGGUAAAGAAAAUGCUAUGUUAUAAAUAAAGCCGUAAAUUCUU